GAAAAAGUUGAAGAGCUCGAGCAGUACCAGAGGAGUAACAAUCUAGAAAUAAAAGGUGUGCCCGAAGCAGGUGACGCGUAUGAUGUCGUUAAAAGGAUUGGAAAUCUUCUUGACGAACCAAUAUUAGACUCCGAUAUUGACGUGUGCCACCGUAUUCCUACCUUCCGAGCAACAGAAAAAAACAUCAUUGUACGUUUCGUACAACGUACGAAACGAGACAAAAUCCUUCAAAAAAGCAAAAAGAAAAGGCUGACAAGUACUGACCUUGACUACGGUGGUCACAGCAGUCCCGUGUACGUGAAUGAGCAUUUAACCAGCUCAAACAAGAGGAUACUGGGUGCUGCAAUCGCCAAAAAGAAAGACGUCGGGUGGAAGUUUGUGUGGUCCUCAGGUGGGAAGAUCCUCGCACGGAAGGACGAGAACGCAGACAUUAUCAGAAUCGCUAGCCUGUCCGAUGUUGACAAAAUAAGAAAUUAAACAAAAUACUUGCGGCCCUACAGUACACAAGAAGCUAUGAUGGAAGAAAAACUGCCUGAUUGCAACUAUCAUGAUUGCCAGGACUUCAAUAAAAACUAUAAGAAUUGUGGGAAAACAU